AACAAAAUAGUUUUUGGACGUGGCAGCAACAAGCUUCCGUAUUCGGCGGCAUAUAAACAGAUGCUGACGGAGGAGACUGUUGGAGGAGACGGAGGAGGAAACUGACCGAGGAGACUGUUGGAGGAGACAGAAGAGGAAACUGACCGAGGAGACUGUUGGAGGAGACAGAAGAGGAAACUGGCGGAGGAAACUGACCGAGGAGACUGAUCGUUUGCAGCUCCAACAUCUCUUGUUUAUUUACAUCGAAGAAUUCAGCAUCAAUUUACAAGCUCUGAAGAGCUCGGAGAGCGACAGCUUCCCAGAUUCUCAAAACACAUGGUGGGGACAUGGACACGGAAUGGAUGACGUAUACACUCGACUUCUCGGGUCUGCCCGCGGGCACGGUGGCGCCGACUCCGUACUCAGCCGGCACGGCUCGGCUAAUCCUCAUCGCCGUGGUAGCGGGCGCCCUCAGCGCCGUCACGGUGCUAGGCAACGCCCUGGUGAUCCUGUCCAUCAUAGUCAACCGUCGCCUGCGCACCAUCAACAAUUACUUCCUGCUGAGCUUGGCGGUGGCCGACCUGAUCAUCGGCGUGUUCUCCAUGAACUUCUACACGCUGUACCUGCUGGUGGGCUACUGGCCGCUAGGCGCCACGCUCUGCGACCUGUGGCUAGUCCUGGACUACGCGGUUAGCGCCGCAUCCGUGCUGAACUUGCUCGUCAUCUGUCUGGACCGCUACCUCUGCAUGACGCGCCCGCUGAGCUACCCAGCGCACCGGAGACGCGGCUCGGCCGCCGCGAUGAUCGGCGGCGCCUGGCUGCUGGCCCUGGCGCUCUGGGCGCCCGCUAUCCUGGGCUGGCAGACGAGCGGCGGCCGACGCGCGGUCGUAGCCUAUGAGUGCUACGCUCAUCUCCUCGCCAGCCCCGCCGUCACCUUGGCGACGACCCUUCCCUCUUUCUACCUGCCGGCGAUCGUCAUGGUCGGCCUGUACUGCCGGCUCUCGGCCGCCAGCCGCGGACGACUGAGCGCGCUCCAGGCGCAGCGGGGAGCGCGCUGGACUUCCUGUCCGUCCGUUAGAGACUUCCCAUUUCAACGACGCAGCUGGGUGACCUCCGACCCCGGCUCGGACCUGUCGCUGAACCGAGAAUCCAGCACUCCGAAGCCCGGAGGGAGCCAGAAAGCGUCCAGAUAUCACCCUCAGACCGUCGCCGCCGCUCGCCACGCUGUGGACGAAGACGACAACAAGACGGAGACGGAGUCCUCUAACGAGGACCUGCACCGCACGGCGUUCGCGGCGUUCGCCAGCUGCCCCAGCCUCCGUUCUCAGGAUAGACGGCGGCGCCGUGUGAUGGCGAGGGAACGCAGGGUCACCAACACCAUCCUGGCCAUCCUGCUGGCCUUCAUCGUCACCUGGACGCCGUACAACGUCAUGGCCGUGGUGGCGGCGUUCUGCCACGUGUGCAUCCCGCUGGAGCUGUGGAUCGCCGGGUACUGGCUCUGCUACGUCAACAGCGCCAUCAACCCCGCGUGCUAUGCUCUGUGCAACGUCACCUUCAGGAAGACUUUCUGCAGACUGCUGCGCUGCCGCGGCAACAAGCAGCGAUGACACGGCAACGAGCUACGCUGCCGCGUCAACGAGCUGCGCUGCAGCGGCUACAAGCAGCGAUGACACAGCAACGAGCUGAGAUGACACGGCAACAAGUGUGUGCGUGUGUGUGAUUGUGUGUGUGUAUGUGCGUCUGUGUGUGUCUGUCUGUGUGUGUGUGUGUGUGUGUGUGUGUGUGUGUGUGUGUGUGUGUG